AUGAUCCGAUCAGGGUCCGGCUGCCAAUGGUUCACGCGGCGGCGUCUGCAACUCUCCCUCGCCUUCGCGGUUGUCAUAGCCUGCAUCUACACCAUUAUCCCAGCGUCCAGCCGGCAGGACGGCUAUGCGAACACCAACAAUGAGCCCCCGCAACACCACAAACUCCCCUUCACCUCUCCCUCCUACGCCCGCUCCCUGUCCGCGAGAGAGCUUAUCUCGCUGCCGCGCUCGUCGGACCUCGUCUCCAUCCCCAAGCUCAUCCACCAGACCUGGUUCCCGGCCGGGAGCAACAUGAGCGACAACGCCCAGUUCUGGGUCCAGACCAUGCGGGCCCAGAACUCGGACUGGGAGUAUGUCCUCUGGGAUGACGAGACGAACCGGCUGCUCGUGGAGACGCAUUUCCCGUGGUUCCUGCAGGACUACCUGCGUCUGCCCAAGGAGAUUCUUCGGGCGGACGUCGUGAGGAAUCUGUACAUGUUCUUGUUCGGAGGAAUGUACGCCGACGUCGACACCGAAGCCCUCCGACCGGUGGACUCACUCUUCGCCGGCCACGACACCCCCCUCCGGGCGGCGCACAGCAGCCUCCUCGGCUCGUGGACGGGGAAAGUCAAGGUGGCAUCACCGCACGCCGCGUCUACGCUCACGCAACGGGCGUUCCUGGGCCACAUGGCGCACCAGGCGGGACUGGACGGUCCUGCGGCCGUGCCUAACGGGUGGAUGGCGUCGCCGCCCGGCCACCCGUUCUGGCUGCUGCCGGUGAUUCACGUCAUCGAGAACCCCAACGGCAGUGAGGAUGGCUCGGUGGAAAGUCUGACCGGCCCCACGGCCUUGUCGUUCCUUCUGCACCGCUAUUACGAGGACUUUGAGGGCGACGAGAAGACCGUCCGCAAGCAUGUGUGCCGGAAGGUGCGGCGCUGGUCCCCCGGGUGGGAGAUGUACUGUGGGCCGGAGGGCCACGAGGACGAUGUGCCCGAGUUGCAGAGGAAGGGCAGCGGCGCGCCUGUCGUGGUGCAGGAUAAGAUGGUGAUCCUGCCGCGGCAGCAGAUCUACCCGUACAGCUGGGAGGAUGACAAGCAGCUCUCCGCGUGCUUGGCGGCGUUCGAGAACCCGCAGUUCGAUCCCGAGGCGUGCAAGCGGGCAAUCGACGUGGAGGCGUGGCCGAGUUACUUCAUCACGUAUUGUACGCAUUCGUGGUGA